GCGUCGGCCCAGCCUCUGUGUCCGAAACGAUCUCCGCUGUAGCCGCGAACAGGCCCUCUGCGCCGCAAGCUUUCUCCGUAGAUCUCGAGGCAUUGAACAAAGGAGUGGUGGACCUCUCCUGGCAGACACCUGCAUCCGACGGCGACUCUGCCAUCGACGCUUACAGGGUGCAGCGGAUGAAGGAGUGGCCAGGGACUUUCCUGUCUCAGUGCUCUGUGCUUCUCAACAACUUGGGUGAGUCUGGCGGUGAGUGCUCCUUCGAUGAUAUUGGGCCGUCACGAACCAAAUACAGAGCCCUUUCGCUGUUCCCACCCAACCUUGCAUCCAACAUUCAAAAUGUGGGCUUAGGCGUCAUCGGGAACUUUGCGAGCAAUGGCCUGGGCGACUACAACCUGCCUCCGGAUAGCUAUGACAAGGCGCGAAUACGGCAACUGUUGCAAAUACUUAGCUUGCGGCAUGCAGCUGUCUCUAUGCGCUUGAUCAUACAGCCGCCACUGGUAUCUCACUACAGUGCGAGCGCAGGUGCGCAUCUACACUGGGCGUACUCCAGCUGCAUCAGGUGA